GGCGCUGCCUUCGAUUUGUUAUGCGUUAUGUUGAAAUGUAAGCCUAACUUGGCACGGAUUAUCGGAUCUGCUUUGUACGCAUUUAAUUGUGAAAAAAGUCGUUCUGUAUUCCUUUGUUUGAACCAAAUGUGGCAUCACCUUGUUCAGUGACUGACUUCGCAGUUGGCCGCAACGGAUACCGAAAAGCAUGGAUCUGAAAUUGUGACAAGAACUUUUGUUUAUCUUAAGAACAGACGUUUGUCUCACCAAAAUCGUGCUAAAUGAUGCGCUAUGAGUGAACCAGACUCAGACCUGGAUUUGGACGAUACCGACGAUGACUGCGGAUACGAAGACUACUAUAAUUGCCCCGAGGACGGCGAAAUUGACCAAGAUGACCUGCGCAAGCAGGACCCGGAGUACUUUGAAUUUGAGUGCUUGACGAUCGAAGAUGUUGAGAGACUCCUCAACGAAUCAAUUGAAGUCGUCUGUGCACGGCUGACGUUACUACCUUCUCUGGCGAAAGUGUUGCUGCACACCAACAACUGGAAUAGUCAAGAUGUAAUUCAGAAGUACAGGCAAAACGCUGCGCAGACGUUAGCAGACUGUCGCAUCAAGCCGUUGCAUCCUCCUGCUGUGGAGUUGCAGUUACAGGCCAUCAGGAACAAUCCGUCAGUCCAGUGCCCCAUCUGUCUGCAGAGCUCGCCAGGGGAGAGCUUUCGAGGCUUGGCGUGCGGACACUAUUUCUGCACAGAUUGUUGGUCUAUGCAUUUUGAAAUUCAAAUCCUUCAGGGCAUCUCAACAACUAUUGAAUGUAUGGGGCAGUCCUGCAAUAUAUUGGUCCCUGAAGACUUUGUCUUGAGUAUAUUGACGAAGACGAUGCUGCGUGAAAAAUAUCAGCAGUUCAUGUUUUCAGACUACGUUAGGACACACCCUGCGCUUCGCUACUGCCCAGGGCCCAACUGCAGCAUCAUCAUACGAGCCAAAGAACAGAAAAGCAAAAGGGUUACCUGCAAACAUUGCAAGACAACUUUCUGUUUCAGAUGUGGCACAGAUUACCAUGCACCUGCAGACUGUGAAACAAUUAAAAAGUGGAUUACAAAAUGUGCAGAUGACUCUGAAACAGCAAACUAUAUCUCGGCACACACGAAAGACUGCCCAAAAUGUCAUAUAUGCAUAGAAAAGAAUGGAGGCUGCAACCACAUGCAAUGCUACAGCUGUAAAUAUGACUUCUGCUGGAUGUGUCUUGGAGACUGGAAGACGCACGGUAGCGAAUACUACGAAUGCAGUAGGUACAAGGAGAAUCCAAAUAUCGUCAACGAAUCUGCUCACGCUCAGGCGAGGGAGGCGCUCAAGAAGUACCUAUUUUACUUUGAGAGGUGGGAAAAUCAUUCAAAGAGCCUAAAGCUAGAAGAGAUGACCCUGCAGAAGAUCAAGAACCGCAUUAACGAGAAAGUCAUGGGAAAUGAAGGCACUUGGAUUGACUGGCAGUACUUGUUAGAUUCUGUUGCCUUGUUAGCAAAGUGCCGUUACACGCUACAGUACACAUACCCUUAUGCUUACUACAUGGAACCUGGGCCAAGGAAAGAGCUGUUUGAAUAUCAGCAAGCAACCUUGGAAGCCGAGAUCGAAAACUUGUCCUGGAAGGUUGAGAGAGCAGAGACCACGGAUCGAGGGGACCUGGAGAACCAAAUGGACAUAGCUGAGAAAAGGCGUUCCAUCCUCCUGAAGGACUUCCUUGUUGUCUAGCAGCAAUAAGGUCACUAGUCGUUUUUCAACUUUCUGCUUUCUCGGUUCACAGGAGCUGAACCAAUAGGGUCACACUUUGCUUCAAAUAUUUUCUGGAACUGAAGAAAAUGUGUGUGUGUGCGUGCGUGUGUGCUGCCAACAAGAAGACUGCAACAACUGCAUCCUUCGUGUUUUCUUUUUCUUGUUUCGGUCUCAGUUUUUGAAAAACUGAGCUUUACCUCUGUCCUGUAUUUUUAAAACUGAGCAGAAGUGGGUUGCUCUGCAUUGAUGAUUUGCCAAAACAGUAUUGUGAUGCAGGUAAGCUGUUGAGGGUCUUAAUGUGGUUCCUGGGUCUUCACUUUUGUAGAUCUCACUCAGUCCGUAAAUUCUUUAUUAGAAACAGGAGCAGAUAAAAACUUGCAAUAAAAGGGAGGGAUGAAUAACAUAUGAUGUGCAAAGCCAAUGCAAGGAAACAAAAUUUUCAUGAUACGUCACAAAUGACCCUAGAAACAGCGCUGCUCGAAGUGAUAUUAGAUAACCUCAACUAUAGAUAUGUCUGCGGCACAUUGCUAUACGUUACCAAAUUGAAGCCUCUAUUUAUUUUUUAUGCCUUAUUUAUUGAAUUUUUAAAUGCAGGGAGAAGUGUUAUAUGCACUUGCCAACAACGGGUGAAAAUGGCAGUUUGCUAAAUGUUUCUUUUUGAGCAAGACCACACAAGAGUUUGAUUUUGUCCCAAGAUAUUUUUCUACAGAAAAAUCGUACAAUUUUGGUGCCUCACAACAAUGACGCAAAGUAAGGCAGAACCGGGUUGUUUGUUUAACUUAACUAGGAUCGUGUACCGUAGAGUGCAGGCUGUUCUUGAGGCAUGUAGCCACAUUGUGAUUUAAGCGACAAAGCCGUUGCCAUUGACGAUUCUGCACAAUCAUUUCUCUAGUUGAAGUGUGACCUACAGUAGCAUAUGAAACUCUUGUACAGUUUUGUACAUGAAUAUGCUUUUUUACCAUGUUAUGCUGAUGCGUUAGGGGGCAAAUGGAACAAAAUGUCGUUACCUGGAAAGUUCAUCAUUACGAAUGGAAUGUAUAAGUGGUGGUGUAAAAGUUCAAUUCAGGCUAGAAAAAAAAAUUAGCAUGUCAUUGCAAGCAUUAUUUUAUUGUGGAACAAUAAGUAACAACUGUGAUCCAACAUGCCCUCUGCAUGCCCCUGACCUUGCAAUGCAAAAUGUGAGCAGUGCAUGUUUGCACUUUAGCAAAGUUGGCCAUCAUGUAUACAUGUUGGCACACCGAGGAGAACAUGUAUGGCUUCCAGCUGUCUUGUAUGUUGUAUAAUAAAUUCUAGGCAAUUUUUUCAAAUGUAA